AUGAAGAAUCGACUACGUCUCAAGACUUCAAUUGACACUGUUCGUUGGUUAACUUUUCAAGCGUGUGCUUUUAGAGGUCAUGAUGAAAGUACAACAUCAUUAAACCAAGGUAAUUUUCUUGAAUUGAUAAAACUCUUAGCAUGUUAUAAUGAUGAAGUUGCAAAAGUUGUGUUGGAAAAUGCUCCAUCUAAUAGCAAGUAUACUUCACAUCUUAUUCAAAAAGAGAUCUUGCACAUUCUUUCAAGUAGGGUGAAAAAGUAUAUCCGUGAAGAAAUUGGUGAUUCCAAAUUUUGUAUAAUUGUAGAUGAAGCGCGUGAUGAAUCCAAAAAAGAGCAAAUGUCUCUUGUUUUGACAUUUGUUGAUAAAGAUGGUUUUAUACAAGAGAGAUUUUUUGGCCUUGCACGUGUUAAUGACACUACAUCUUUAACUCUUAAGCAAAAAGUUUGUGAUAUACUUUCUCUGCAUAAUCUUGAUGUCUCUAACAUUCGUGGUCAAGGGUAUGAUGGUGCUAGCAAUAUGAGAGGAGAGUGGAACGGUUUACAAGCACUCUUUAUGAAGGAUUGUCCUUAUGCAUAUUAUGUUCAUUGUUUUGCGCAUCGAUUGCAACUUGCUUUGGUUACUGCAUCAAGAGAAGUUAAACCAAUUCAUCAAUUCUUUGAGAAGUUGACUUUAAUUUUCAAUGUUGUUUGUUCUUCUACAAAGCGCCAUGACGAGUUACAAGCUUCCCAAUUAGAUGAAAUUGAACAUUUAUUAGAGAUUGGUGAGAUUGUAACGGGUAAAGGUGAAAAUCAAAUUGGUACUUUGAAGCGAGCAGGGGAUACUUGUUGGGGAUCACAUUUCUCUUCUAUUUCUAGCUUGAUAAAUAUGUAUGAAGCAACUUGUUCUGUUUCAAGAAAAUUUGCAAAGGAAGGAUUAAGUUAUGCUUCACGUGGAGAUGCAGAUAGUGCUUACAACUAUUUGAAGUCAUUUGAUUUCAUAUUCAUAUUGCAUUUGAUGAAAGAAAUUAUGGGGAUCACAAAUGUUCUUUGUCAAGCUUUACAACAACAAUCUCAGGAUGUAGUUAAUGCUGUGCAUUUGGUUUGUUCAACAAAAACUCUUAUUCAAGAAUUAAGAGAAAUUGGUUGGGAUGAAUUGUUUGCUACUGUGAAGUCUUUUUGUGAAAAACAUUAUAUUGAGAUUCCUGAUCUUAAUGAUGUCCAUUCAACAACAAGAUUUGGUCGUUCUCGUCUUGAAGAAAAUCAGGUAACCAUUGAGCAUUAUUUUAGAGUUGAAAUAUUUUUCACUACCAUUGACAAACAAUUGCAAGAGUUGAAUAACAGAUUUAGUGAGCAAGCGAUUGAUUUGUUAACUCUAAGUUGCGCUUUGGCUCCAACGGACAAUUACAAGGCUUUUAAUCUUGAUAGCAUUUGCACUCUAGUUGAAAAAUAUUAUCCUAUGGACUUCAAUGAGCAAGAGAAGACUAAUUUGAAAUUUCAACUUCGGCAUUUUAUUAUUGACGCUUGUCAAGCAUCAAGUUUGAAUAAUUUGUCAACUAUUCAAGAAUUAUGUUCAUCUUUGGUUGCAACUGAAAAGAAGGAAAUUUAUUAUUUGAUUGAUAGACUGCUCCGCCUUAUCAUGACUCUCCCUGUAUCUACAGCUACUACAGAAAGAUCUUUUUCGGCAAUGAAAAUUAUCAAGACAAGGUUGAGAAACAAAAUGGAAGCUGAUUUUCUAGGAGAUAGCAUGACGGUUAACAUUGAAAGAGAAAUUGCUGCAAGCUAA